AUUACCCCGUGCGCGCGCGUGCACUGUGCAGUGGGCAGAGCUGCGGCCUGCAAGGCGCGAGCGAAGCGCCCCAGCGGCCCGGAGCAGCCAGUCAGGGGGGUCCCUGCUACUGCUACUACAACAAGACCAGGCGCCACGCCAAACCCUCUGAACUCUCCGGGCUCUGGUUGGUGGCGGUAGUCGGGCUCUCAUUUAACUACCCAGCUGCCCCCGACUUGAUUACGGGCGCCCCUCGCGGCUUGCCCACUAUAUUAAGACCCCACCACGGCACCACCACCUCCGCAAACAAACACAAGCACAAACACCGCACCGCAAGAGCAGGAUAGCCGCAGCAGCAGGCGAGCGCGAGCCGGCACGCUGGUUUGGUUGCAGCGCCAAGACGCUGCCGAGAGCAGGAUAGCAGCAGCAGCAGGCGAGCGCGGGCCGGCAGUCCGGCACCAUGCCGACCGGCGGCGUGUUCUCCGGGUCGGUGAACCUGAAGCACGUCAAGCUGGGGUACCGGUACCUGCUGGACCACCUCCUGACGCUGCUGCUGGUGCCGGUCAUGGCCGCCACGGCGCUGGAGCUGGCGCGCCUGGGCCCUGGCGAGCUGCUGUCGCUGUGGCGGUCGCUGGAGCUGGACCUGGUCCACAUCCUCUGCUCCGCGUUCGUGGCCGUCUUCGCCGGCACCGUGUACGCGAUGUCGCGCCCCAGGCCCGUGUACCUGGUGGACUACGCCUGCUACAAGCCCCCCGGCAGCUGCCGCGUGCCCUUCGCCACCUUCAUGGAGCACACGCGCCUCAUCAGCGACGACGACAGGAGCGUGCGGUUCCAGACCCGGAUCCUGGAGCGGUCGGGGCUGGGCGAGGACACGUGCCUCCCGCCCGCCAACCACUUCAUCCCGCCCAACCCCAGCAUGGAGGCCUCCCGCGCCGAGGCGCAGCUCGUCGUCUUCUCCGCCAUCGACGACCUCCUCCGCCGCACGGGGACCAAGCCCAAGGACGUCGACAUCCUCGUCGUCAACUGCAGCCUCUUCUCCCCGACGCCCUCGCUGUCCGCCAUGGUCGUCAACAGGUACAAGCUCCGGAGCAACGUCCGGAGCUUCAACCUGUCCGGGAUGGGGUGCAGCGCCGGGCUCAUCUCCAUCGACCUCGCCAGGGACAUGCUGCAGGUGCACCCAAACUCGAACGCGCUGGUGGUGUCCACCGAGAUCAUCACCCCAAACUUCUACCGGGGGAGCCGGCGCGACAUGCUGCUCCCCAACUGCCUGUUCCGGAUGGGCGCGGCGGCGAUCCUGCUGUCCAACCGGCGGCGCGAGGCCCCGCGCGCCAAGUACCGGCUGGUGCACGUGGUGAGGACGCACAAGGGCGCGGACGACCGCGCGUACAGGUGCGUGUACCAGGAGGAGGACCAGCAGGGGUUCUCGGGCAUCUCGCUGUCCAAGGAGCUCAUGGCCAUCGCGGGCGACGCGCUCAAGUCCAACAUCACCACCAUCGGCCCGCUGGUGCUGCCCAUGUCGGAGCAGCUGCUCUUCUUCUUCCGCCUGGUGGGGCGCAAGCUCCUCAACGGGGGAUGGAAGCCCUACAUCCCGGACUUCAAGCUGGCGUUCGACCACUUCUGCAUCCACGCGGGCGGCCGCGCCGUCAUCGACGAGCUGCAGAAGAACCUGCAGCUGUCGCCGCGCCACGUGGAGGCGUCCCGCAUGACGCUGCACCGCUUCGGCAACACGUCCAGCAGCUCCCUCUGGUACGAGCUCGCAUACAUCGAGGCCAAGGGACGCAUGCGCCGCGGCGACCGCGUCUGGCAGAUCGGCUUCGGCAGCGGCUUCAAGUGCAACAGCGCCGUCUGGAAGUGCCUCCGCAGCGUCAACACGCCCACCAGCGGGCCCUGGGACGACUGCAUCCACCGCUACCCCGUCGACGUGCCGGAGGUCGUCAGCCUCUGAACUCUCCGGCUACAACAUAUACGUUCUCCGGCGAAGCAUUUCGCUUAAAGAAGAUUACAACUUUUUUCUUUCUUGUUCCUUCUUCUCAGCUGGUCUCUUCUCUUCCCUAUUUUCUUCUCUUCCCUAUAUAUACUCCGAUUGUUGUUGGAAGUAUCACACGAGGAAUGACCAUCACAGGCGGACGGGAGAUCAAACGAACUGCUUCCUGCUGGAUGCUCACGUGGGCGUACUGUCAAAAUUGACAUCUCCCAGGAAUAUUGUAAUCCAUGUCGUUGUAAACCGGUGAAAGGGGAUAUACAUACAUUUU